AUGCGCCCUGGUGGUGUGGGCCGGUCUCAGGGAAGAAGGCGGCGGCGGCGGCGGCGACAGGCGGGGUCGCCGUGGGGGCCCGGCCGGGUUUACACAACGACGGGCGGGCGCGGACGCGGAACCCGGCGGGGCGGCACGAUGGUCAUGGCGCAUUUCGUCGAUAAUUUUUGGGGAGAAAAAAAUAGUGGCUUUGAUAUCCUCUACCAUAAUAUGAAACAUGGACAGAUAUCAACGAAAGAACUAGCAGAUUUUGUAAGAGAAAGAGCUACCAUAGAAGAGGUAUAUUCUAGGUCAAUGACAAAACUAGCAAAAUCGGCAAGCAAUUAUUCACAACUUGGAACAUUUGCACCAAUGUGGGAUGUAUUUAAAACAUCUACAGAGAAAUUAGCAAACUGUCACUUGGAUCUUGUUAGGAAAUUGCAGGAAUUAAUUAAGGAAGUUCAGAAGUAUGGAGAAGAACAAGUAAAAUCUCAUAAAAAGACUAAAGAAGAAGUUGCAGGAACUCUGGAAGCUGUUCAAACCAUCCAGAGCAUAACUCAGGCCCUCCAGAAAUCCAAGGAAAAUUACAACGCUAAGUGUGUAGAACAGGAGCGUUUGAAAAAGGAAGGAGCUACACAAAGAGAAAUAGAAAAGGCAGCUGUUAAGUCUAAGAAAGCUACAGAUGCUUAUAAAGUCUAUGUGGAAAAAUAUGCAUUAGCAAAAGCUGAUUUUGAACAGAAGAUGUCAGAAACAGCUCAGAAAUUUCAGGAUAUUGAAGAAACUCAUCUCAUUCAUACAAAAGAAAUUAUAGAAUCUUUGUCAAAUGCUAUAAAGGAAAUUCAUUUUCAAAUAGGCCAGGUCCAUGAAGAAUUUAUAAAUAACAUGGCUAACACCACAGUUGAAAGUUUGAUACAAAAAUUUGCUGAGUCAAAAGGCACUGGGAAGGAAAGACCUGGCCUUAUUGAAUUUGAAGAAUGUGACCCUGCUAGUGCAGUUGAAGGUAUAAAACCAAGGAAAAGGAAGACUUUUGCUUUGCCAGGAAUAAUUAAAAAAGAAAAAGAUGCAGAGUCUGUGGAAUGCCCCGAUUCAGAUUCACUUAACAUUCCUGAUGUAGAUGAAGAAGGCUAUAGUAUUAAACCAGAAGCAAAUCAGAAUGAUACCAAAGAGAACCAUUUCUACUCAUCUAGUGAUUCUGACUCUGAAGAUGAAGAACCAAAGAAGUACCGGAUAGAAAUCAAACCUAUGCAUCCAAGUAACUCACAUCACACAAUGGCUUCUUUAGAUGAAUUAAAAGUAUCCAUAGGGAAUAUAACACUGUCCCCAGCAAUAUCCAGGCAUAGCCCAGAGCAGAUGAAUCGGAAUUCGUCUAGUGAAGAGUUAACAAAAUCAAAGCCAUCAGCUCCAUCCACUGAGAAAGGGACCAGUGAUUUGCUUGCUUGGGACCCCCUGUUUGGACCAUCUCUUGAUUCAUCUACUUCAUCUUCAUUAACUUCAGCAUCAUCAGCCAGGCCUACAACUCCUCUUUCUGUAGGCACCAUUGUCCCGCCUCCAAGGCCUGCUUCCAGACCAAAGCUUACUUCAGGCAAACUCAGUGGGAUUAAUGAAAUACCCAGGCCAUUCAGCCCACCUGUAACUUCUAACACCAGCCCACCUCCUGCCGUGCCUCUAGCCCGGGCAGAAAGUUCUUCCUCUAUCUCCUCAUCUGCUUCAUUGAGUGCUGCCAAUACUCCAACAGUAGGUGUGUCACGAGGUCCCAGCCCUGUCAGCCUUGGAAAUCAGGACACCUUACCUGUGGCAGUUGCUCUUACGGAAUCUGUUAAUGCCUACUUUAAAGGAGCAGACCCCACCAAGUGUAUUGUCAAGAUCACUGGUGACAUGACAAUAUCAUUUCCAAGUGGAAUUAUUAAAGUCUUCACUAGCAAUCCAUCUCCAUCUGUGCUAUGCUUCAGGGUGAAAAAUAUCAGCAGACUGGAGCAGAUUCUUCCAAAUACACAACUUGUGUUCAGUGAUCCAUCACAGUGUGAUUCCAACACAAAAGAUUUUUGGAUGAACAUGCAGGCUGUUACUGUCUACCUCAAGAAGCUAUCAGAGCAAAAUCCAGCUGCUUCCUAUUAUAAUGUAGAUGUAUUAAAGUAUCAGGUAUCAUCAAAUGGUAUUCAGUCAACUCCUCUGAAUCUUGCAACGUACUGGAAAUGUAGUGCUGGCACCACAGAUCUCAGAGUGGAUUAUAAGUACAACCCAGAAGCUAUGGUGGCACCAAGUGUGCUUUCCAGCAUACAAGUGGUGGUACCAGUGGAUGGAGGAGUCACAAACAUGCAGUCCCUUCCCCCUGCAAUAUGGAAUGCAGAGCAAAUGAAAGCCUUUUGGAAGUUGUCUGGUAUUUCAGAAAAAUCAGAAAAUGGAGGUUCUGGGUCCCUCAGAGCAAAAUUUGAUCUUUCAGAAGGACCCAGCAAACCCACAACACUUGCAGUGCAAUUCCUCAGUGAGGGAAAUACCCUCUCAGGAGUGGAUAUUGAACUUGUAGGCACUGGCUAUAGGCUUUCCUUAGUAAAGAAGCGGUUUGCCACUGGACGAUAUCUGGCGGAUUGUUGAUGGACCUGAGGGAGUAAUAGAAACCUGCCGUUCUGCAUUAUUUGUUCUUUCUAAACACUAUUCUAGCUUGUAUUAUUAUGUCUUUUAAACUUAAGACAUAUUUGAGAGCUGACUACAAACAUUAAAUUGCACUUUUAAAAUGAGUCAUUGAAAGAAUAGCACUGAAAUUCUUUUCAACGCUGUAAAUGAUCAACUACAAUAUUCAGGAAGCACAUUUAUUUAGAUUCUCAGUAAAAUGAAGUUUAUAUAGGCUGAAAUUUCAAAUUAUCUUCAUUGCCUUUAUUGGUAAAAGGGGUUAUGGUAUGUAUAAACAUCAGCCCUGAAAUUUCAGGAGAGCAAGCACAAAAUAAUUUAGCUUUCCAUAAAUUUUUAGAGUCAGAAAUAGCUUUGAGAUUUCCUGAGUUUGAUAUAGAAUGGAUACAAACAGAACAUAAAUUCUAAAUUUGAGAUAAUGGUAACUGAGAACACUCAAUCAAAUUGAGUUAUGUGCCAUAAAAUAAUCAGAACAGAGUCCAUGUGGUAUGCAAAAAAUUGAUAAUUUGAUUCUCAUAUAAACAUUAAUAAAGUGUAAAUGGUGUUUUAUAUGAUUUUUUUUAAAUCUUCAAGUGCAAUGUGUUUUAAAUAAGCUUGCAAAAGACAGCAGAGAAAUUUACUUCUGCAGUUAGUUAACUUUAUAGUUGUGAUUGUUUUGAUGAAUUAAUGCUGUAGAUUUAAUUUAUUUUUAUAUGGAUUAUAUAAUGUGUGCCUUUUAAAACAAUAACAAAAACCAGAAUUGUGCCUAUUCAGUUUGUGUUCAUUAAUGUGCCUCACUUUUUUUUCUCACAGUCUGGGUCUUCUAUUUAGAAUCUUAUGGUGGUCAAGCAUUUUUACAAGUUAUCUGCAAUAUUAGUAUAUACCUUUGGCUGCAAUUGGCAAGGGAAUUCAGGGUGAAUAAGGAUAAUUUAUACAUAAGAAUCCUGGCUCACUCCUUUAGUGAUACACUGUAGCCAUUAGAAAUAGAAGUAUACCUAAUGGCAUAUGUUUACAGGAAAAAAAAUAUUUAACUUCAAUAUUCUAUCUUAACUUCAUCAAAACAUUAAUGAAUUUUAAAACAGAUAAAUUCCAAAAAAUUACAAAUUGGUAAAUUGGUAAUUGGUAUUUUAACUCUCAAUUUAGCAUUUUCCUUGACUCUGUUUAUCAUUGAAAAUUUACACAUUUACUCACCAGUUGUGUUGUGAGCAUGAUUUUUGUAGUAUUUUGUGAGGAAUAGCAUUUUAGAAAAGAUUAGUUUUGGCAAGAGGGAGAAGUACUGUCAUUUGGGUUUUUUUCGACAAUGGGAAAAAUUAUCAAUUUAUAUAUUUUUAUUGUUAUUUAAUUGCCACCUGCCAAAAAUAGGAAAUUAUGGAUUGGGUUAAGCAUUUCUUAAAAUAACUACUAAUGUUAAAUAGCAGAAAACCUGUUUAUAGUAAAUCCUGAUUACAGAAAUGAAACAUUUUGGACAAGGCUUCAUAAUUUACAAAUGGGAAAUAUAUUUAUAAUGAUAAAUACCCCCUUCAUUUUGCAUAGUAGAAGUGAUAAAUUGUAUUAUAUAUAAUAAUUUAUAUAAAGCCACUAAUUGUUCUGAUAAGCUUUACAGAAAAUAAAAUCCCUAUUACUAGACAUUUAUGUAAAGUCUUGCUACACUACAUAUGCAGAAAUAUAUAACAUAGUAUGUGCUCUUUUAUAUAGUCUGUUAGCCCAGUUCUCAAUUUAGAUUUGACUAAAGCAACACAUAAAACAUUUUACUAAAAAUGUUAACCUUAUUAAAUAGUGAGCAAAACUAGAAUUUUAACUCUUAUAUUGUGCUCUUUUAAAUGCCAGUUACAGUCCCUUACUAGAUCUUAACUGUAAUCUGCUUUGCAAUCAAACUGCUUUAAGUGGGCAGUUAAUGUAUUAUUAUUAUUGGAAUCCAGACACUCCUAUACUCACUGUGUUUGUUUUUAAUCAAGUAUUACCUGAAAAUGCACAAAUUGAUGAAAUGGUUAAACUUCUGCACUUUCUUAAUUACCACAGUCUUCAUACCAAGUGUUGACAGAUAAAUUUGUAUCAAGUGCAGUUUACAAUUUUGAAGCCAUAUGAAUUUAGUUUGGGAUGGGUUGUUUGUUUUUUUUUUCCAUUUAAAAAAAGUCCACUAAUGAUGUAAAAAGACCAGUAGAUUUUCAAUGGGAAAUGUAUUUAGCAAGCUGGUUCUUGCCUAUGUGUAGUGAUAAACUUUGUAGCUGUCUCUUUGACCAAGAAUUUGUAAACACAGAACUCUAACAAAUGUGAGUUUUAAAGGAUUGUUAUUUACUACUUCGGGUUGUAAUUAGAACAAUGCAAAUCUAUCUUACAAAGUUUUGUAAAUAUUUUUGAUUUUUUCAUAAAAUGUAAAUUUUACAUAAAAGUUGUGCCCUUAAUAAACAUGUAAUAUAUAAUUUA